UCUUCUUCUUUGCUACUCUUUUGCCUCCUCUUUCUCUACCUGUCUAUCUAUUGUUGAACUCUUCAAAUUCUUGUCCUAUGCUUCUCACUUAGCUCUAUCAACAAAAUUCAACUCUUUCUUUACUUCCUCUGUUUCUCACAGCUCCCAACUCACUCCUCUCCUACUCCUCAACGUAUUUCCAUCUCUACUCUCUCAUCCUGUGCUUCUACAACCAUGUCUCAGACUAACUGGGAAGCUGACAAGAUGUUAGAUGUUUAUAUCCAUGAUUAUCUUGUCAAGAGAGAUUUGAAGGCUUCUGCUCAGGCUUUUCAAGCUGAAGGGAAAGUAUCCUCGGACCCUGUUGCUAUUGAUGCCCCGGGAGGUUUUCUGUUUGAGUGGUGGUCGGUUUUCUGGGAUAUCUUUAUUGCUAGGACCAACGAGAAGCACUCAGAGGUUGCUGCAUCUUAUAUUGAGACACAAUUAAUAAAGGCAAGGGAGCAACAACAGCAGCAACAACAGCAACCACAAUCCCAGCAGUCACAGCAUCAGCAACAGCAACAACAACACAUGCAGAUGCAACAUCUCCUCUUGCAGAGAGCACAACAACAGCAACAGCAGCAGCAACAACAACAACAGCAAUCACAACAGCAACAGCCUCAACCACAACAACAACAAAGCAGGGAUAGGGCUCACCUUUUAAAUGGUAGUUCAAAUGGAUUAGUCGGAAACCCUGGAACUGCAAAUGCACUAGCAACAAAGAUGUAUGAGGAAAGAUUAAAACUUCCCCUUCAAAGGGACUCUUUAGAUGAUGCAGCACUGAAGCAAAGAUUUGGUGAGAACAUGGGCCAACUUUUGGAUCCAAGUCAUGCAUCGAUAUUGAAGUCAGCUGCAGCCCCUGGCCAACCUUCUGGGCAAGUUUUACAUGGUGCUGCUGGGGGGAUGUCUCCACAAGUUCAAGCACGUACUCAGCAAUUACCAGGGUCUACUCUGGAUAUAAAAGGCGAGAUUAGUCCUGUUUUAACUCCCAGAGCUGCUGGUCCUGAAGGAUCAUUGAUGGGAAUGCCUGGAUCAAAUCAAGGUAGCAAUAAUUUGACUUUGAGAGGGUGGCCACUCACUGGUUUGGAGCAACUGCGCUCUGGUCUACUCCAGCAACAAAAAUCUUUCAUGCAGGCUCCGCAGCCUUUUCAUCAAAUACAAAUGUUGACACCACAGCAUCAGCAACAGCUUAUGCUAGCACAACAAAAUUUGGCGUCACCAUCUGCCACUGAAGAAAGUAGAAGACUAAGAAUGCUUUUGAAUAAUAGGGGUAUUGGUCUAAACAAGGACGGUCUUUCAAAUCCUGUUGGUGAUGUGGUAUCUAAUGUCGGAUCUCCUCUUCAAGGUGGUGGCCCUCCUUUUCCUCGUGGAGAUACAGAUAUGCUAAUGAAGGUGAAACUGGCUCAGCUACAGCAGCAACAUCAACAACAAUCAAGUACCAACGCACAGCAGCAGCAGCAGCUUCAACAACAUGCUCUUUCAAACCAGCAAUCCCAGACUUCUAAUCAUAGCAUGCAUCAGCAAGAUAAAGUAGGGGGAGGUGGUGGCAGUGUCACUGUGGAUGGUGGCAUGUCAAACUCAUUUAGAGGAAAUGACCAGGUUUCAAAAAAUCAAAUUGGGAGAAAGAGAAAGCAGCCUGGAUCAUCAUCGGGUCCUGCCAACAGUACAGGCACAGCAAAUACGACAGGUCCAUCGCCAAGUUCAGCACCCUCAACUCCCUCAACACAUACGCCUGGAGAUGUGAUAUCGAUGCCUGCCUUGCCCAAUAGUGGUAGUUCUUCAAAGCCUCUAAUGAUGUUUGGCACUGAUGGUACCGGAGCCCUUACAUCAUCCUCUAACCAGUUGUGGGAUGAUAAGGAUCUUGAAUUGCAGGCUGAUGUGGAUCGCUUUGUGGAGGAUGGAUCACUAGAUGAAAAUGUUGAGUCUUUUUUGUCCCAGGAUGAUACAGACCCUAGAGAUACUGUUGGCCGUUGUAUGGAUGUAAGCAAAGGCUUCACAUUUACUGAUGUAAGUUCUGUACGGGCAAGCACAAGUAAAGUUGCCUGUUGCCAUUUCUCAUCUGACGGUAAAUUACUUGCAAGUGGUGGGCAUGACAAAAAGGCUGUUUUAUGGUACACGGAUUCUCUUAAACAAAAAGCUACUCUUGAAGAACAUUCAUCUUUGAUUACUGAUGUUCGGUUCAGUCCAAGCAUGCCUCGUCUUGCAACUUCUUCAUUUGACAGAACUGUCAGGGUUUGGGAUGUUGACAAUCCUGGUUAUUCUCUGCGCACCUUCACGGGACAUUCUUCAACUGUUAUGUCACUAGAUUUUCAUCCAAAUAAGGAUGACCUCAUCUGCUCAUGUGACGGCGAUGGUGAGAUACGAUACUGGAGCAUAAACAACGGCAAUUGUGCUAGAGUCUGGAAGGGUGGCACCACCCAGAUGAGAUUUCAGCCUCGUCUAGGGAGGUACCUUGCUGCAGCAGCAGAGAAUAUUGUGUCUAUAUUUGAUGUGGAGACACAAGUGUGUCGAUAUUCAUUAAAGGGACACACAAAAACGGUGGACUGUGUGUGUUGGGACCCUUCUGGGGAGUUGCUAGCAUCUGUGAGUGAGGACUCUGUGAAGGUGUGGUCUCUUGGAUCCGGGAGUGAAGGGGAAUGUGUUCAUGAACUUAGCUGUAAUGGCAGCAAGUUUCAUGCAUGUGUUUUCCACCCAACAUACCCUUCACUGCUGGCCAUUGGCUGUUACCAGUCAUUGGAGCUGUGGAACAUGAGCGAGAACAAGACAAUGACUCUGUCUGCUCAUGAUGGUCUUAUUACUGCCUUGGCUGUUUCAACUGUAAAUGGUUUGAUUGCUUCUACCAGUCAUGACAAGUUCCUCAAGCUCUGGAAGUGACCAUAUUUCCCUCUUAGUUAGUACUUUGUUUCCCUUCUCUGCUUCUUCCAGCAAUUUUUAUUUUCUAUGCAUCUUUAGCUACUAACUUAUCUCUAAUGUAACAUUGCCUUCCAUUAAAUAUCUAUACUUGGAUUGAAUCCC